CGAUACUUUUAAGGUCUACAUCGGUUACAACAAGUGAGGCAAUGGCAGAAGUUGUGCUCAGGUACAACACCUGUCUGGCCAAGAUCCACCAGCUAAUGGCUGAAGGGGACUCCUCAGCAACCCGACAUCUUUACGAAAGUGAUAGGAGUCGAGUCGAGUGAUGGUCUGCCUUCUAGGUAGCCACCACAGCAAUGAACAUGAGGGCCGGUUCAACUCCUCCCAUCACUGGCACUGGCGAGAAUGUAGACCAUAUUCUGCUGCUUGGGCAGCUUUACCGAGAACCACUACGAGCACUCACUCAUACGUCAUUCUGUCCCCCGGAUCGUCCCCUUACGCGCUACUAGUACCUGGUAGGUAUCAAACGCGAUACUAAACAGUCGCGUCUUCAGAGUAAGCCCGCAUCCAUCAACAUUCCCAUCCUUUCACAUAUCCAACGCAAAGAGUAGCCAAAAUGGUCCAAACACGCAGUGGCAAUCAAGUCUCAGUGUCCCAAGGCACGGUGGCCCCAGCCAAAACCAGGAAGCGACGGGCUUCCCAGAUCGAGAAUGACAAGGAGAAUAAUCCUCCCGAUGGGGCAUCCGAGUCGGGCCCCCGCAAAACAGGGAUGACUCUGAUGGAUUCCGCAGACAAGAAUCUUAGAGAGCUCGAGGCGAUCCGUGCGGCAAAGCGAAAACGCGACAAUAACACAACUGAUGGUGCCACUGCAAAUGAGUCUGCCACUACGCCCAGCACACCAAAGAGCAAAGCAAUCGAGCUCGACAUACGUGAUCCGCGGCCGACACCGGGGAGAAAGGUACCUCCCCGCGGAGAACCACCAAAUGCAUUCCGUCCUGAAACCGACCCGGAAUGGAUGAGAAACCCCCAGCCGUUGCCUCCGCCGGCAAAGAAACGCAUGAACGCGGCGGAGAAGGAUGAACGCCUCAUCGAAGAAUCAGCCAGAGACCCCAACAGCAUGUUCCAUGACAAGUAUGUUUGUCUUAAGAAAGGGCCUCGUGGCUCACCUACCUACGACCAAGCUGGAUUCCAGCUCGACUACAAGAAAGUCAAGGAGGCGAUGCAACCAAAAGCAUACAACAAGUCGAGCAUAGUCGGAGGUAUGGAAAGGCAUCUGAAGAAGGUGGAGCAAGAAAAAGCCAAGAUGGCAGAGAUAUUUUUCCGACCUGGCACAGUUCCACAAGACCUCAGCCCUUUUGAUGAAGCCUAUUGGAAAGAUCGAGUGUCCAAAGACCUCGGUAUCCCCUUCCACAAGAUCGAUGUCGCCGCAUUCCAAAAGUGGGAAAGAGAAGGGUUUGAAAAGCAGUGGCCCAGCGAUUACAAGUCGUUUUCGAAAGCAGAGGAGGACAGGAUGUUACGUUUGCGAAUGGGUUGCAUAUAUCGAAAAUGAUUGCGGUACAAGACCAGUCCGGUGAGUGGCCCCUGAGCACCAAAAAGCGAGAUCAGUUACAGUUCGAGCACUGCAAGGCAGCAGUGCAUGGAUUUACUGUCUUUUAUCGGGAUCGUCCUACAACCCAGGCUUGUUCGAACCUGUACAAAGCUCAUGAAAUGUUGCAACGUUGCUGAAGACGCACAUUGAUGCAUGUUACCAACCAGGUGCAUGGAUGGUUGACCAGGGGUGCUGUAUCUGUCUCUAAAGGCCAGUGACAUAGUCGCCUAGCACCUCUUCAGCAUAUAGGCGAGUGGUAUGGUGCCUGCAGCCUUUCUGUGCAUCAUCAAAUGUAUUACUAUCCUGCUUUACCUAUUGAUUGAGAUCAUGCUGUAACCUACACGCAGAGCUGAAGCCCGCUUAUUCUACAUAUUCGGCAGUGUUCAACGUCAAGCUCCUUUGUUGUCAUGGAUUGAGUCUUGCAAGUUCUGGGUCUGCUGCUCCUGUUCACGAAUUCUUUGGCGUCACAAAGCAAAGCCCCAAGAGUGUCACCGCGAACUGUAGUGCGCUAGCGCCGUCCCAGAAGAUGUGUGCAUUUAUCCAUGCAGUAGUACCCGCGUUCAACGCUACUAGUAUACGGUUGCACUCUACUGCACAGUGACUUGGAACAUAGGAGCAUGCUAUUUAUUAAUGAUGAUAGUGGUAGUACUUCAGUCUUGCGGUCUAUGCG